AUGGAUCCACUAAGCAUCACAGCUUCUUCGAUAGCACUGCUCCAAGUAUGCAGCUCAAUUCUACACAUUUGCUACAAUACGCAUGCCAUCUUAAAAUGUAAACCCUGGUGUCUCUCUAGAGUUCAGGAUGAGGUUAGGGAGCUCAGGGGGGUUUUGGAGACCAUUUUCCAAAUGGCGGUCGAUAAUCAAGACUCCAAGGAAUACCCCGACGAAUACGGAUCCUUGAGAAUACUCUCCCAAAGUCAACAAAACAGAGGCCCACUGGUAUUGUGUUUGGAAGAUCUACGCGCGCUAGAAAGCAUAUUGUUGGAAAAAUACACGGACCAGCCCAAGACAAAACUCCAUGCCGCCAUGCGGGCCAUAUCGUGGGAUAUAUCCGAGAAGGAAAUAAAGCAAAUCAUCGACCGACUAGCGCGAUCAAAAUCAACCUUGAAUCUAGCUAUAUCAGCAGAUGAAGUAACUUUACUUUUAGAGCUUAGGAAGCUGUCAUCAUCAAUGGAAAACGAUGUAUUCAAUAUCGGUCGCACUUUAGCAGAUCUUACAACUGAAGUGUCAGCUCGCCAUAUCAACGAGAGACAGGAGAAAAUCCUAAGAUGGUUGUCUCCGGUUGACCCCUGGGAGCUAUAUGCACCUGCGAUGGAUCGCUGCCAUGAUGGCACAGGCCAGUGGUUCCUAGACUCCACGGUGUUCCAAGAUUGGAGAGAUCAUGGUGGGCCAAAUCUAUGGCUUAGCGGAUUCCCAGGAUCAGGCAAAACGGUGUUAAUAUCUAAUAUCAUCAGAGACCUAAGCCAAUGGGCUCAGCAAGAAGAAAAACGACCAACAAUAGCCUAUUUCUAUUGUGACUUCCGCAACAGCAAAAGUCAAGAUCUAUCCAACCUUCUUGGAAGUGUAAUCCGCCAGAUUCUCCUAAAAUCUGGGGAAAUUCCUAGCUUAGUAGAAGAAGAAUACUGUUUAAGUACGGUUGCGGGAUUCUAUCGAAAACCACAUGUCGCCUUUCUCCUCGAGACUUUACAGCUUCUUUCUUCGAGAGCUCACCUCAUUGUGGUUAUCGACGCCUUGGACGAGAUCGAAGAGCAAACAGAGUCGUUGUGCUUCUUACGAAAAGUUUUUGACACGAUGAAUAACGUUAGAUUUCUUGUGACAAGCCGCGAGACCCAGGAUAUACGACAAUCUUUACAGAAAUUCCGCAAUAUACGUAUUGAGGAUUAUGUUUUGAAAGUAGAUGAAGAUAUUGCAAAGUACAUUGAUUAUAGAUUGCGGGUGGAUCCCAACCUACAAUGGCUUAACGACCACAUCAAGGGUCAGGUCUCUAAAUCUAUGCAGACACAGGCCGCGGGAAUGUUUCGCUGGGUCCAAUGUCAACUAGAGGCCUUUAGCAAGCUUCGCACAAUCAAGGCUAUACGUAACAGUUUGACUCAGCUUCCCCAAGACCUUCAUGAAACAUACGAUCGGAUUUUAGCUCGUGUCCCUAAGGCAGACCAGGAAUCGGCACGAAGAAUUCUCCUUUGGGUUGCAUUUGCUGUCACUCCAUUAACCUUGGAAGAAAUACACACCGCAAUCGCGAUAGAUCCGCAAAUGAGCCACCUUGAUGAAGAGUCUCUACUACGCAGUCCACACGACAUACUAGAUCUGGUUGGUGGCUUGGUCAAUGUCACGAAUGAAGGCCAUAUAACUCUCGCCCAUAUGUCUGUUAAGGAUUAUUUACUUUCACCCCAGGCUACAAACGGCUUCUCUCUAUCUAUCGAAAAGUCUUAUGUAUUGUUAUUUCGAUGUUGUAUGGCCUAUAUCUCCUUCAAUGAUUUCAAGGUAGGGCCUUCGACCACCUCGGAAGACUAUCUUGAAAGAGUCAGAAAGUAUCCUCUCCUCAGACAUGCGGCCAUCUCUUGGCCUUAUUAUUACAGAGCAGCGAUACCAAGCGAUGAUCUAAAUUCCGCUGUGAUGCGACUAUUUCAAGAGGAGAAUCAUAAACUUUUUAUGUCCUGGGUUCAAAUUAUCAAUGCUGACAACCCGUUCUCCUGGGAUUUCUAUCCGCGGCACGCGACGAGUCUCUACUACGCAUCCACCUUUGGGCUUACCGGUAUUGUUCAAAAGCUCAUCGAGCUUAACAUUGAUCUGAACCUCCCAGGAAGUCGAUAUGGUGGCACUGCUCUUCAUGGGGCAGUAUAUCGUCUCCAUACACCAGUCGUGAAGCUACUUUUAGAGGCCGGCGCCGAUGUUAAUAAGGCCGAUUUCUUAAAAGUCGCUCCCUUACAUACUGCUGGAAUAUUAGGUGGCUGGGAGUUUACGCCUUGUAUUUAUAGGUAUAUAAUGUAUUAUUUAACUACUUGUAUUUAUCUUUAA